UUGUAAUGAACUGCAGAUACCAUAUUUAAUAUAUAUUAUUAAGCAGUUUAUAUAUAUAUAUAUAUAUAUAUAUAUAUAUAUGUACACAACAGUUAAAUUGUUGUGAUGAAUUGUGAUAAUCAGUUAUGGUAACAACAGGUGGUUUGAGGAGAAAAUCAUCGACCACAAGCACAAGAGGUCACCAAAGAUUCGUUGGAGUUAGGCAAAGACCUUCAGGCAGAUGGGUAGCUGAGAUAAAAGACUCAAUACAAAAAGUCAGGCUUUGGCUCGGCACAUUCGACACAGCAGAGGAAGCUGCGCGCGCGUAUGACGAUGCUGCGCGCGCAUUGAGAGGUGCCAACGCGCGCACCAACUUUGAAUUGCCACCCAACCAAGAUGACCAAAACAACAACACCAACAAUAACUUGGAGCCCUUUUGUUUCGAGCAAGUGUGUGCUCCUACUAGCUCUGCAGCCUCAGAGGGCUUACUAGGAGCACUUAAAGCCAAGCUUUUCGAUACCAAUGGCGAUGCCAAGCCCACCACCAAGGCCGCCGCAGCCGCUGCCAUACUCUUCCCUGUUCCACUACCUCAUCAUCAAAAUCAAUAUAAUGAUGGGGUAUUUGGGCAUGGUGAGGUGCAGGGUGAGUGGUCAAGCAGCAGCAAUAAACUGCAGCCAUCGACCAUAAUCACCAACCAUAGUAACAAUAAUAAUUCGUCAUCUUCAUCAUCAUCACCAUCAGUACUUAGCAUAAAUAAUAGUAAUUUGUGUAUAGAAACAGAGGAAAUGAUGAUGAUGAUGGUUGAUCAGUACCCUUCUCCUCCUGCAGUUACUUAUAACAAAAACGAUGUUGAUAAUCAUUAUCAACAACAACAAAUUAUAGACUCAGCAUCAGCUACCUUCUUUGGAGGUUAUUCUAAUAAUUCUAUUACCAAUUCCAAUUCUAAUUCUAAUAGUACUAGUGUUAAUUCCUCAUGGGAUCCCAACUCUUUUAUGUAUCUUCCCCAAAAAUUUUAUAAUGAUAAUAAUAAUAAUAAUAAUAAACUUAAUUAAUUACUUACUAUGCAAAGUUUGAUGAAGUCAAUAUAGACUAUAGUUUUUACAUAUUGUUAU